UAUUCUUGCACAUGCUCAGUAGAACAAGGGUUAUCGCCACAGCAAUGGACCUGGAAAGAAGGGAUAGCUACGAGCUAAUAAGCCGUGAAGAAUGCCCCAUUCACACUGUCAUGAAGAAAAACACCUAGUGUCAGAAUGAAUGACAUCAAUCUGAGUCCUGUGGGGAUGGACCAGUUGAAUGUGCCCUCAGUGAGUGGCAGCCACCUGGGUCUACCCACCUCCCCCACCCACAAUCCCAUCACUGCUCCAGGCAUGCCAGUGGCCAUUCCAAACCUAGGGCCCUCCCUGGGGUCUCUGCCCUCCGCCUUGUCCCUCAUGCUGCCCAUGGGUCCAAUCGGAGACAGGGGGGUGAUGUGUAGCCUGCCAGAGAGGAACUACCCACUGCCUCCUCCCCCAUACCCCCACCUGGAGAGCAGUUACUUCCGACACAUCCUCCCAGGUAUUCUGUCCUACCUUGCAGACCGCCCACCACCCCAGUACAUUCAUCCCAGUAGCCUUAACAUGGAUGGUACCCUCUCGGUGGCCAGCAACAACCCCUCUGGCAUGGACCCCUAUAGCGGCCCCGGGGGCCCUCUGGAGCAGGGCCUGGUGUCCCUGGACUCUCGGCAGGUGGGCGGUCAGGGGGGGCUCCACCAGGGUGCGGCUCACGAGGUGCAGCUGGACGCCGGCCUGACCAUGGAGUCCCGCGUGAGCAGCCCCAUAUCCCCGGAGAGGAUGGGCGAGGAGCUGGCCUCCAUGGAGGGCGUGGUGCCCGAGACGCAGCCGCUGAGCGGGAGGCCGCGGAACCACGAGGGCCUGGGGGGUGUGGACGGGUCCGGAGGGGUGAUCCCCCUGCACGGGCCGGGGCUGGAGCUCCCUGUGGUGAUGGAGCAGGAGCACCUGACCGGCAGGGUGGGUGGCGCUGGAGCAGCUGGAGGGGGAGCCGGGGGCCUGGGGGAGCCAUUACACUCCUCCGGGGGUCUGAACUCUGGGGCUGUUAGCGUGGUGCUAACCGGCGCGCACUCGCACCCGUCCAUGGCACCCCCGUCCCAGCUGGAGGUUGUGUCCCUCCACGGGCCCCCCACCAUGGGGCUGGAGCCGGUCAGUGUGUCCCCCAUCACCGCUGAGGUGUCCCUGGGCCCAGACAGCAGCCUGGUGUUGGUCAACUCCUCCCUGCAGCUGGAGGACUCCACGUCUAACAAGGAGAACAUGGCUACCGCCUUCACCAUAUGGUGCACACUGUGUGAACGCUCCUAUCCCUCCGACUGCCCAGAGCACGGCCCGGUCACCUUCGUCCCCGACACGCCCAUCGAGAGCCGCGCCCGCCUGUCCCUCGCGCGCCCGCUGUGCCUCAGGGUCUCCGUGGCUGACGAGCCCCUCGGUGUAUUUGCGAGGGAGGUCAUACCUGUCAGGACCUGCUUUGGGCCUAUGGUGGGCCAGCACUGCAGCUCUGUCGACCUGACAGACUGGUCAGACAAGAACACUCCUCAUGUCUGGAAGAUGUUCCACAAUAAUGUUCUGGAGUUCUGCAUUGUGACGACAGAUGAGAAUGAGUGCAACUGGAUGAUGUUUGUUCGUAAGGCAAGGACUGGAGAGGAGCAGAACCUGGUGGCCUACCCUGACAAUGGCAAGCUGUACUUCUGCUCAUCCAGGGAGAUUCUGCCCGACCAGGAGCUGCUCUUCUACUAUAGCAGGGACUACAGCAGGCAGAUGGGUGUCCCGGAGCUUCCGGAGGGCCAGGUGUGCCACUGUGGCAAAGAGUGCGCCUCCUUCGCAGAGCUGAAAUCCCACCUGAACAGCCACUCGCACGGACACCCUCACGGGCACGCCCACAGCCCCACGCAGGCCCACUCGGGGCUGCACGCCCACCACCCGCACCACGAGGGCAAGCCCCCCAGCCUCAGCUCCAGCGCCGCCUCGUCCUGGACCGGCCACGCGCACGGCCACGCCCGCGAGCGGAAGUUCAAGUGCAGCAUGUGCUCCCGGGCGUUCACGUCCUCCACCAAGCUCAACGUGCACUUCAUGGGCCACGUGGGCAUGAAGCCGCACAAGUGCGAGUACUGCAGCAAGGCCUUCAGCGACCCCAGCAACCUGCGGACCCACCUCAAGAUCCACACGGGUCAGAAGAAUUACAGGUGCAGUGUGUGCGAGAAGUCCUUCACGCAGAAAGCCCACCUGGCGUCCCACAUGGUGAUUCACACGGGGGCCAAGAACCUGAAAUGUGACCACUGCGACAGGAUGUUUAUGAGGAGACAGGACCUGAAGCAGCACAUGCUCACCCACACGCAAGAGCGUCAGAUCCGUUGCCCAAAGUGUGACAAGCUGUUCUGGAGGUCGAACCACCUGAAGAAGCACCUGAACUCCCACGAGGGCCGACGGGACUACAUCUGCGAGAAAUGCAGCAAGGCCUUCCUCACCAAAUACCAUCUCACCCGACACCUGAAGAUAUGCAAGGGCCCCAAGUCUUCUGGGGAGGCCCUCCAGGAGGAGGACGAGGACGAGGAGGAGGAGGAGGACGACGAAGACGAGGAGGAUGAAGAGGAGGAUGAGGAGGGGGAGGUAGAGGGCCUGAUUGAUCCAGUGAGCAGGGAGGACUGUGGUCUUGGCGUGGCAGGGUACGCCUCGGACAAAGCGCUGUCUCCACACCACUGACUGUGGCAGCAGGGAAUGACCGUUAUGUGUGUGCCCUCAUAUUUAUCCUAUUUAUUUACAUUUCUAUCUUUUGCGGGUUAUUUUUAUUUUUUAUUUUUUAUUUUCUACUCGCCAAAAUCGUUUCUGCAUGGUAAGAUUUACAGAUUGGGCACUUCCAACUUUCCGAGAUCUGUUCUCUAGCCUUUGACAAGGAAGGCGGAAUACGUGGAACGAACACGGAAGACUUUGAGUGAAAGUGAGGAGACCCGUGUGCUGAAGUGGCUCUGGUUGUACUGAAAAGGGCACAGGCAGUCCCUGCUUAUAGCUUGUGUCGUAUAGCUAUUACAGUGGUUGCUAAAACAUUCAUGGUUCUUUUAGAAGCAAAUCAAAGCAAUUUCCACCAGUUCAAUUAAGCUAAUGUUCCGUUUCCAUUUGUUCCGCAAACCGUGUCCCCCGUUGGCAAAAUUGAGGAUCUCAACAUAGAAUGAUUUUAUUUUGGCACAAGCUAUUUAUGACAUUAUUUAAUUUGUAAGCAGCUAUUACAAAAGGAGCUUGAUAAAGUAAACUAGCCUCUACAGGAGUGGGGUAGCGAUUGAGUUUUUAAAUUGUAAGCACUUGUGUUACAGAAAUUAAUUUCUUACUAAGAUCAUUCCAAUUAGGCGCCUUGUUGACAGUGUACUUAAAAUUACAGGAUCAUUCUUAAAUUGGGCUGUUAAUUUCAUUUUGUUGCAAAAGACUAAAAAAUAUGCUCUUUAUGAUCCUUUGCUCUUUUUCUGGUAAUAGAAUCGUAAUACUUGAAUGAAGAACUGCUACAUGAGUGUAAAAUACAGAGAGAAAGCCCUUGCAGUUGUGAAAGGGGGAUUUGGUUGUCUAUUUUUCAACUGAAUGCAUAACGGCACCCUGCAAAGAACAACAUAAUGUGUAAAUAUGGUGUAAAAUCUUUAGUACUGUAGCUUUUUCAAUUACUUCAUGGUGCCAGAGGACUCAUCCAAUAAGCUACUUCCUUGUGUCUCUCACUUUUUAGUGGGAGAAAUUUGUCGUUUUGUCACCAACAUAGCUGAUGAAGCUAACAAACCUUAUGAAAUUGUAUUUGACUUUCUGCCUACAUUUGAUCCACGAUUACCCCUUUUGAUGUUGCUUUCUACAAAGUAGCCAAAGUGCUUAAAUUGUCUUUUUAUAUUUUCUUUCCCAGUUGCCUUCUAAUAAUCCACUGGUGAAGAUGUUGAAUCUUCCUGUUCUUGAAUAUAGGUACUGGAAUGCUCAUGAAUACUUAUUUUCAAAACCCCAGAAUGAGAGUGACAAAAGCUAGCCAUUCUCUGCCAUCAUGGUAAUCUACCAGAUUAUGUGUAAAAAAAAAAAAAAAAGAAGAAAAAAAGCAAACGUGUUAAGGGGUUACAGUUAAGCAUUGCAAAAUGUAAGUUAUAAUGUGUACUGAGUUUUGCGGGACCUGCUGGGUGACCAGGAUAAAAUCAUGCAAUCACUAAAUUCUAAUGUGCAAAUAAAUUAAAAACGUGCACAUUCAUAA